AUGAAGGUGCUGCUUAUCAAUGAAGAAACGCUAACGGACUUCGAAGUGCUCUCGCUUAUAAAGGAGCGCAAGGAUCAGAGGCUGCACAAAUCUGCUAUGGUCGAGUAUGCUGAGCGCAACUGGAUGGACCACAAGAUUCUGAAAUUCCUGACGCAAAGCCAUUCAUACUGCUCUACAUUAAACGCGAACUGCAUUCAAAACUUUGUCAAGGAGUUAGCGCAGGCAGAUCUACCACCGCUAAGCACAGCUGAGCAGUUGCAAUUUAUCAAUCAUAUUCCUACUGAGCUUGUGGACAUUCACAUGCUCAUCGAAGAUUGCGCUGAACGAUUUACGGAAGCCCAAAUAGACGAGCUUAUUCACAUUGUCACACGCACAUUGGCGGUGGAGUUGCUGCAGCGACGGAAGGACCAAGCUGCUCAGGCAGAAAAGUAG